CCCCUGUCGCAACCCCGCUUACUCGCCCCAUACUGCUCCGAUCGUCGCAUUUGGGUGUAGAUUUGGCGUCCACUUAAUCUAAUCAAGCAAUUUAUUCUCCGGCGCGGCUCCACGAACGCAGCAUAGUCGCCCUGGCGGUGGACACGAUGUUUAAUGAAUCCAGGUAACGAUUCGCUGCCUUACUCUUUCUGACUCGGAGACGGCUGUUCCGCGAUGCUAGGGUCCAAAUCAGUGUAGAAUUUCUGCGGAACAUAGAACAGUGAAGCAUAUAAAAUGAAGAAUGUUGCCCGUGGACAGACGAGUUGGAGCAGGCCGAAGCUUGAUAGAUCGAUUAAUCCUCACUGCUAAGCACACGAUCAAAAGAUGCUUUUCCAAAACCUCCUUGCUGCUCUAGCUGUCGCUGGUGCUGUCACUGCGGCGCCGUCUGCCAAAAGACAGGAGCGAAAGCUGAAGUGGUUCGGUAUCAAUGAGUCUGGCGCCGAAUUUGGAGAGAAGAACUUCACUGGAGUAUACGGGAAGGAGUUCAUCUGGUAUGAUUUGAACACGAUUGAUCAAUUCAUCGGCCAGGGCAUGAACAUGUUCCGCCUCAACUUCCUCAUGGAGCGCUUGACUCCCAACAAGCUCGACGCGCCUCUCGACCCGCUCUAUCUCGGCAACCUCACCCAGCAGAUCAAGCACAUCACCGACAAAGGCGCCUACGCCAUGGUGCAGCCGCACAACUACGGCCGCUUCCACGGCGAGAUCAUCACCGACACUGCGGGCUUCAAGACGUGGUGGAAGAACGUGGCGGCGCAAUACAAGGACAACGAGCUCGUGGUUUUCGACACGAACAACGAGUAUCACGACAUGGACCAAAAGCUCGUCUUCGACCUGAACCAGGCCGCCAUCGACGGUGUCCGCGAAGCCGGCGCAAAGAAGCAAUACAUCACGCCCGAAGGAAACUCCUGGUCCGGUGCUUGGACGUGGGUGUCGUCCGGCAACGGCGCCUCCCUCGUCAACCUCAAGGACCCGGAGAACAAGCUCAUCUACCAAAUGCACCAGUACCUCGACACCGACGGCUCCGGCACGCAUGCAGAGUGUGUCUCCGCGACAAUAUUUUCUGAGAGGCUGCAGGCUGCCACCAAGUGGCUCAAGGACAACAAGAAGCAGGGCGUCAUUGGCGAAUUUGCAGGUGGGAACAAUGCACAGUGCAUCUCUGCUCUCAAGGACGGCUUGAAGCAUCUGGGAGACAACACGGACGUUUGGUGGGGUGCCAUCUGGUGGGCUGCUGGACCUUGGUGGGGUGACUACAUGUACUCAAUGGAACCGACGUCCGGCGUCGCCUGGACAUCUAUCCUCCCGCAGAUCAAGAGCUAUUUCGUCUAGAGGGAAAGCUUCCUAGAGCUGUCACUCAAUUCAAAGUUUGUGGUUCUUGGCCCGAGUGGCAUGCUGAGGAGACUAACUCACAAAACAAAAUCAUUUUCGUUUCUCUUGUAGAUAUAUUUUAUGUUUAUCCAGAUGCUGUC